CCCAUUUGCCAUGUGCUGCUCACAGAUAUGGGGAGCCCCUGUAGGGGGGAAAGUAUGCGGCCUUUAUAAUGAUUUCUAAGCAGCACCUUCACUAUUUACAGGCCCAGGUCAAAAGUGGGGUGAGAGAAACCCAAUGCUCUCAAAGGAGGCUGAUCAGCUCUAAAAAGACGAAGAAAGAUCUUCUCAUUUCCAGAGUAACUGGAGACUGCACUUUUGCCUGCAUCUUAUUCCGCCUUUCUCCAAGUGAAAUAAACUAUACAGUUUUGCCUGUAUAACUGCUUCUCCAGUAGAAAACCAGAAGUGGAAGAGAAUGAAGUAUUUUUGUGUUCAUGCUUUGCAUACACCAAAACUGAAACAAAUUUUAGAAUCCAAGAAGAUUUGAAAAACGUGCAAGUAUGAGUAUUCUUCUAAUUGAAGCUUUUUAUGGUGGUUCCCACAAGCAGCUGGCAGAUCUUCUACAGGAGGAGAUAGAAGAAUGUGUCCUUUACACACUCCCAGCAAAGAAAUGGCACUGGAGAGCACGGACUGCUGCCCUUUAUUUCAUGCAAACAGUGCCAGCUAAUGCUAAUUACAGGAUCCUCUUUGCAAGCUCAGUGCUUAACCUGACUGAACUUAUUGCCCUUCGGCCUGACUUUGGCAAAUUGAAAAAGGUCCUUUACUUCCAUGAGAACCAGUUGACAUAUCCUGUACAGAAGUGCCAGGAAAGAGAUUUCCAAUAUGGAUACAACCAGAUUCUUUCAUGUUUGGUUGCUGAUAUUGUGGUGUUCAACUCUGCUUUCAAUAUGGAGUCAUUUCUUACAUCUAUCGGAAAAUUUCUGAAGCUGAUUCCUGACCACAGGCCUAAGGAUCUGGAAAAAAUAAUCAGACCAAAGUGCCAAGUUCUUCACUUUCCAAUCAGGUUUCCUGAUGUGAGCAGAUUCAUGCCGGAGCACAAACUGGCCCAUUUGGAGAAGAUAACUGGUUUUAGAGAAAAUGAAGAUACUUAUCUAUUUAGGUGUCUGCCUUUCCAACAGAAGUAUAGAGCCACUGGGAGUUUAAUGAAAACCAGCAGCUCAAGUCCUGAGUCUGGACUUUGUGAAGCACAGUCUGGACUUUGUACCACACAACAAGAAAGACUACAAUACCCAUUAACAUCACUAGAGAAACUGAACAAGUCUAAAGCAUCAGAAAGUACAAAUCAAGAAGUGCCUUGUCAAGAAGAUAAGCAACAUGUGACUUUUAACCCUUGUAAUCUCUUGAGUGGAACGGACUAUCAGCAAAGACCUUUGCACAUUGUCUGGCCUCACAGGUGGGAACAUGAUAAAGACCCUGAGAGUUUCUUUAAAGUAUUGCUGAAACUUAAAGAGAUGGACCUACCUUUUCAUAUGUCUGUCCUUGGAGAGACCUUCACUGAUGUACCAGAUAUAUUUUCAGAGGCCAAAAAGGCAUUGGAAUCUUCUGUCUUGCACUGGGGCUACUUACCUAGCAAAGAUGACUAUUUCCAAGCUCUGUGCAUGGCUGAUGUUGUGAUCUCAACAGCUAAACAUGAAUUCUUUGGAGUGGCAAUGAUAGAAGCUGUAUAUUGUGGCUGUUAUCCACUAUGCCCUAACGCUUUGGUGUAUCCAGAAAUAUUUCCAGCUGAAUAUCUGUAUUCUACACCUGAACAGCUUUUAAAAAGGCUUCAAAAUUUCUGCAAGAGACCAGAUAUUGUAAGGAAACAUCUCUAUAAGGGUGAGAUGGAUCAGUUUUCUUGGGCAGCACUACGUGGUAAAUUCAGGUCUCUGCUCACAACAGAACCUAGGGAAGAUUUGUGACAGAUGGGGCUAAGUCACAAACUUGCAGCCUAAGGCAGAAUCUGUAGAACUUUCCAGAGUGUGCCCAUAUUUACCUGAUCAGAGAGAAAAGAAAAUCUGCAGAGGAAGCUGAGCCUGGCUGCUUGUCAUAGCUGACACAGAGCCAUCUGCCACAAACCUGUGGCGGCUUCAGAUCUCCAAUCCCUGCCACCACCCCAACUCAAAUUAAAUACAGAUUCCUAGAGACGUUAUGAUGGUUACACAUGUCCUCGGCAUCACAUGCAGGAGACUGUUCAAAAAAAAUAUGUGGCCUGUUGUAUAACCGCACUCAUGUAUCCCAUAUGUGGUGCCACAUUGAAUUUCCGGUUGAAUCUGUUUUUAUCCUUUGUACUGGAUGACAUGGUGCCUGAAUUCUUUCUUUUUGCCGACAUGAUGGCAGCCAAACUGCAGCUUCAAACGCUCACACUUGGCUGGGUUUCUACCUAGGUUGCCAGGUUAUCAUUGGAGCCUUAUUGUGUCCUCAAAGGGCCACAGGGCCUGAAAGGAGGAUCAGAGUGCUACUGGACUAAUUGGGCAGCCAUCUACGAAUUGUUUGUAGGCAAAGCACUUUUCUUUUUGCAAAUUAAUAACUCUCUGGCACAGGGUUUUUAAGUGAAGGUAUUAAUAAGGGGUCUGGCAGGUAUUCCCAUGAUUCACAGUUACAUUUGCAUUUAAUUAAUCUUAAAGAAAGCUGCAAGAUAAACAGCUGUAAUUCAAACUAGCAUGGGAAAUAUGCUACAUGGUGCCAUCUAUCCGAUAAAAUGAAAGCUGAAACACUUGUUUUAUUUCUCUCAAGGAUGGAGAACAAACAGAUAACAGUCAAAAUACUUCCAAUAAAAACCAGUAGUUUUUAUGUAACUGCAGUUCAUCAAAAAUCUUUGCAUUCAGUUACAAAUAUAAUCUUUUAAAGAUAAAUCACUUAUGAUUCUAAGCAUUAGGCUGCUAUAUUUGUUGAUGUAAAAUGUUUUGAAGAUUUAGAUUGUACAAUAAAUUUUUAAUAAAGUGCCCACUGCAAUUUUUAAUUAGCAUAUCUCAUUCAUGUAUAAGUGUGUACAUCCAUCUGUAUGCUUAUCACUGUGCAUAUCCUUGUGACAGAGUCAAUGAAUACAAUUGUGUCUUUAUCUGAUGAAUUUAGAAUCUGUUUUGCAAAUGAUAAUAAAAUAUUAUAACAAC